AUGUCUUACAAACCAGCCAUUGCAAGCAUGUCCCUCGGACGCUGUUUCGCCCACCACAGCCUGGAGACCAAGUUCAAAGCCGCGCGAGACGCCGGUCUCUCUGGCAUGGAAAUGUUCUACGAAGACAUCGCCGAUUUAGCCUCCACUCUUCCCUCGCACCCCUCACCCUCAUCCCACAUCCACGCCGCCCAAUACAUCCGCUCCCUCUCCUCAUACUAUGCACUACCCAUCAUAGCCUGCGGUCCCUUCUCCAACUACGAAGGACUUCUGUCCCCCUCAGCCCGCGCAUCCAAACGUCAGGAACUACAUCUCUGGUUCCAAGUAUGUCGAAUCCUCGGCACCGAUCUCAUACAAGUCCCCUCGACAUUUGCCCCUCCCUCCACCCACACAUCAUCCCUUUCGCAAAUAAUAUGCGAUCUGCGGGAAUUAGCCGAUUUGGGCGCUGCCCAAAAACCGCCCUUUCGAUUCGCGUUUGAGAAUUUGUGUUUUGGUACGUAUAUUGAUACGUGGAGUGGUGCGUGGGAAGUUGUCCAGGGUGUUGAUCGGGAGAACUUUGGCAUGUGUCUCGAUACGUUCAAUAUCGCUGGACGCGAGUUUGCGGAUCCGGCUUCUUCUACGGGUACGGUACCGAAUGCGCAAGAGGCGUUUACGAAGAGCAUGGAGAAAAUGGUGCAGGCCAUUGAUGCCAAAAAGGUGUUCUAUAUCCAGAUCGCGGAUGCGGAGCGCUUGGCUGUACCGCUGGUGGAGGGCAAUGAGUAUUAUGUUGAGGGACAGAAAGCACGCAUGUCGUGGAGCCGGAAUUGUAGGCUAUUUUUGGGAGAGCAGAAUAGAGGGGGUUAUUUGCCGGUGAUGGAUGUGGUGAAGGCUAUUUGUGAUGGAUUGGGGUAUAAGGGGUGGGUGAGCUUCGAAUUAUUUAAUCGGAGUUUGGUGGCAAAGGGAGAUCAUGUGCCGAGAGAACAUGCCGAGAGGGCGAUGAGGAGCUGGAAAUAUGUAUGUGGGGAGAUGGGGUGGGAUAAUGUCGGUGCUAAUGUCUAUGAGAGAAGGCUAGAAAGGGAGAAGAGAGGAGAGGUGGGGAGUGGAGUAAUGGCUAAAUUGUAG